UGAACCGCGGCCCACUUGUAGAGACCGAAAACGCAAUCCGACGGUUGAAUUUUUUUGGCCAAGCAUUGUGUAACGCCUCUAUCCAGAACCCAUUUCUGUGGUGCAAAUGAAUUUCAUUGAUAUAAAUCUCCCAUAAUAGCAAACCAAGCUCAUCAUUAUCAAGAACCAUGAAUGACACAGUGGACAAGCUAGUCAUCUUCCUAGCAAAGAGAGAUGGCAUAGACAAGCUGGUCAAGACCUUCCAAUAUGUUUCCAAGCUUGUCCACUGGCAUAUAGAAGCCACCAAUCCUGCAGCUGCCCAAAGAGCGAAGCAAUGGGAGGUGGCCUCAGGCCUCAGCCGCAAAGCUUUUCGAUCCGGCCGGUUCCUAACAGGCUUCAAUGCCCUCAGACGGAAUCCUGGCUCAACCCCAUUCUUCCGCUUCCUUGCCAUUUUCGCCAAUGCUGGCGAGAUGGUCUACUUCUUCUUCGACCAUUUUCUGUGGCUAUCGAGAAUUGGGGUGAUCGACACUGGUCUAGCCAGGAAGAUGAGCUUCAUAUCUGCCUUUGGUGAGGCUCUUGGGUAUGUUUUCUUCCUUAUAUCAGACUUUAUUAUCAUUAAUGAGGGGUUGUUGGAACAAAGGAACCUCCAAAAGUGCAUCUUGGUAGAGGAGUCUUCGACUGAGAAAGCUGCGGAGAGGAUGGAAACCGUGAAGAAGAUCAGGGCUGACAGGAUUAUGAGGUUGAUGGCGGUGGCUGCCAAUGUCGCUGAUCUAGUGAUAGCAGUGGCAGACAUCGAACCCAAUCCGCUGUGUAACCAUACGGUUACGUUGGGGAUUAGUGGGCUCGUCUCUGCAUGGGCUGGUUGGUAUAGAAACUGGCCCACCUGAAGUCCUAAAGUGUCAUCUCAAGUCGAGUAAAAGGCAAACCGAAUGCCACCCGAUGAUAGUUUACAGUCUACCUCAUCAUGUUAUCUUAUCCUUGUGGAUGCAAUUUCAUUGCUGUGAUAGUUCAUGUGCUUGUAUGGAAUUGUUUGUGAUGAAAAUCAUGAGCAGAUACACCAUGAAAUGGCAAACUGCCUUUGUGGCAGUUGCAACGGGGUACCGAAUUCGAUGUCUUUUCUGAUCUACUUACAUCAGCUUAUGAUCUGCUUCAA